AUGUCUUGGUCCCCAUUUACCUCAACUCUCACUGUGACGCCCCCGAACGCAACCCCGACUGUCACGACGACAACUGGUUCAACAUGGGUGCAAAAUCCGGCCGGCGUGUCAGCAGGCCCUACGUCCUCAACAGCAAUUGAGAGUAAGAUUGAGAGCAGCGGCGCUUUCAGCAGUCAACAGCCCACGUCUUGGACACAGCCGGCUGGUGGAAGCCUGUCGACUAACUACACAACACACGUGAAUGGAUCAAAUAUGCAGCCGACGACAACGGCUACUAAUGCUUCAAUUCCUUCGUCAGGAGUCACCGCCGGCGCGGUGGCUGGGAUUGCCAUCGGCUGUGCUGCCAUCGGUCUACUUUUCGGACUUGUCGCGGCUUGUAUUCUGCUCCAACGCAAGGGAAGGCAAAAGGGCAGGACGGCGGACACGGCUGUUGUUCAUCAUGAACCCAAGAAGUAUUCAAGCGAGAUCCCGAGUGAUGUUCAACUCAACCAAUUCCUCCCGGAAGCCACGCCCGACCGAGAUAUAGCGCAGGAGGUGAGGUCGCUCGGAGGACUCAUUCAUCAGCAUGUCGACAACUACUACCAUUCCAAGCCUGUCAACGCCAGCUCCCGCAGCCUCUCGGCGACCCUGCAAAGUCUUGGAUUGGCGGGCGCAACCUCGUCGUCGGCGACAUAUACGCAAAACAUUGCAGCCUUGUGCCUAGACCAGAAAACACGACAAUCUGCCUUGUGCCACGUUAUCAUGCGCGCGGCAUUUGACAGCAUCGACUUUCAUUCACAGAACAGCCUCCUCCCGUCUAUGCUCCCACGGCCAGUUGCCUCGUUCAUACAGGCAAUGUCUCCCACUGAACGCGGCCGCAGCGUUGAUGCCCAGGUAGCCGCGUUGGCCCUCCGCAAGUGGCGCAGUCUGUCUGUAUUCCUCCUGCAUCCCAGCCGCAGCCUUCGGACCCCUUUGCCCACCGACAACGCCACGGUCACUCUGCAGGCUGAAGAGCUGGCCAAGGCCCUCAACCCCUUUCUCCGCAUCUUUGUAGAAACAGACCCUGAUGUGAUACGGCAGCAGGGGGCCCACCUGGAGGCCGUGAUUGUGGAAUGCACCAAGCUCGGCUAUGUCCUCUUAUCGCAUCCCUGCGACUGGGGGUUGGUCACCAAGGUGGCUCCAAACAAGCAAGGCGUCACAGGUUUAGUGGUCGAGGCUGGCCUGGAGAAGCUCAGUGAUCGGGACGGGCCGCCAUAUCCUCGGCCACGGACCGUGGUUGAAGCAGUUGCAGUGUAUUAUGACCCGACGGGAUGA